GCGCUGCCCGGAGGCGAGGCCGGACGACGGGCAACCCGCGGGAAAGAAGCGGCUGCUGUGUACGGACUUGCCCUCCGUCGCCGGCUGCCAUGUCGAUGUGGCGCGGCGCUACCUGGCGGAGAACGCCUGGGAGGUGGAGAGGGCGCUGAACGCCUACUUCGAGCCGCGAGCGGAGGAGGGCGCCCUCCCGCGCCGCCCCGCGCCCCCGCCGGCGCCGGGGUCCUGGACAGGAAACAUGCCAGCGAGAGGUUCCAAACGAAUGGGUGAGGCAAACGCCUCUAUGGAAACAUGUGUGGACCUGACCGAAGAGGAAGCGCCUGACCCCGUCGGCUCCAGAAGCGGCUCAGCUGGACCCCCCCAGCAGGAGGACGGCAGCAUGUUCUCUCUCGUCACCUGGAACGUGGACGGGCUGGAUCUGAACAACCUGUGGGAGCGGGCUCAAGGGGUGUGUGCCUCCCUCGCUCUGUACAGCCCGGAUGUGAUAUUUCUACAGGAAGUUAUUCCCCCAUAUUACAGCUUGCUAAAGAAGAAAGCAAGUAGUUAUGAGAUUAUUACAGGUAAUGACGACGGAUAUUUCACAGCCAUAAUGUUGAAGAAAUCAAGAGUGAAAUUGAAAAGCCAAGAGAUUAUCCCUUUUCCAAAUACAAAAAUGAUGAGAAACCUUUUGUGUGUGCAUGCGAGCGUGUCGGGAAACGAGCUGUGCCUCAUGACUUCCCACCUGGAGAGCACCCAGGGGCACGCGGAGGAGCGCGCCAAUCAGUUUAAAAUGGUUCUGAAGAAAAUGCAGGAGGCUCCCGAGUCGGCCACCGUCAUAUUUGCGGGAGACACAAAUUUAAGGGAUCACGAGGUUACCAAAUGCGGUGGUUUACCCAGCAACAUCUCGGAUGUCUGGGAGUUUUUGGGCAAACCUAAGCACUGCCAGUACACGUGGGAUACACAGGUGAACUCUAACCUUGGCAUCCGUGCCAUCUGUAAGCAUCGCUUUGAUCGAAUAUUUUUCCGAGCGGCGGCGGCGGGAGGCAGCCACAUCAUUCCCCAGAGUUUGGAUCUCCUUGGGCUGGAGAAACUGGGCUGUGGCCGGUUUCCCAGCGAUCACUGGGGCCUUCUGUGCACCUUGGACGUCAUAUUGUGAAGAGCUUUUCAAGUACAAGUCACAUGUUCUGAGUAGUUUUGUGCUGGAGAUUUGCACAUAGAAUUCCUGCCCAUCUGGAAAGUCAGGGUUCAUAUGGAAGGAAUAUAUUGGACCACCAGAAGGGAAGGAAAAACUGAUUCUAUUUUGUGUUUUGUGUCCUUAGGUUUCAGAACAAAUUAUUAGUGUUUAUUUUGAGGGAAUAUGUGUUCAGAAUAUGAGGUCUCCUGGUGAGAGGACAUGAAGGCUGUCAGCUGUCAGUAGUGCUGAGAGCUGCUGCUAGAUUGUACUGCCUCUGGGCCAGCCUUUAUCGUUGAUUUAUUGUAGAAAUUGGGAACCAAAGUAGUGAAUGUUUAGGUAAGUCUUCAAGAGAAAAAAACUGGAGUCCUUGGCACUGGAUCUUUGGUAUCAGGUCAUCAGCGUUUGAGCAGGUGACAGCUGCCCUGUGUCAGCCGACCUUGCCUCACUGGUGAGCUGUACGUGAACUCAGGACUUAACAUUCCUCAGCUUUUAAAUUCUUAUCUGUAGUUGUGUGACCAAGAGCCAAGUUGGGCGUGAUGAGAUGAAAGUCCGUUUACAGCAGCUCUGGACUGGUUUUCGAGAGCAGAAUAAUGUGUAAAGAGAAACAGCCUUUUAGUUUUGCUACGCUAAAAUGGAAUUAUUUUACAAGAAGUGAGGAGCACCUUUAAAUGUGCUUUAAGGGAACAUUUUUUUUCCCAUAAGAGAAAGAUACUUUAAAUAAAGAAAUGUACUUGCUUGUA